CAUGGUUUCUCUCUCUCUCUCUCUCUCCCUCUCUCUCCCUCACUCUCUCUAGAGUCUGUCAGCUAGCUUCCCAACGCCAUGAACGCCAUAGCCACAGCUGCAGCUCUUUCCUUGCCACUCUCUUUCUGUAAAUCAUCUAAGAUUAAAUACAGAAAGGGUGUAAAAGCAGGAUUCAGAGUCUUUGCUGUCUUAGAAGAGGAAGCUUCAUUGGUGGAGAAGAAGAGUGCUUGGGGACCUCUCUUUGACGUGGAAGAUCCAAGAUCCAAGGUUCCUCAGUGCAAAGGGAAGUUCUUAGAUGUAAAUCAGGCACUAGAAGUUGCUCGAUAUGACAUUCAGUACUGCGAUUGGCGGGCUCGGCAAGAUCUUCUCACAAUCAUGCUUCUUCAUGAGAGGGUUGUGGAAGUGUUGAAUCCCUUGGCCCGUGAUUACAAGUCCAUCGGUACCAUGAAGAAGGAGCUAGCAGGGUUGCAAGAAGAACUAGCACAAGCUCAUAGACAGGUGCAUAUAUCUGAAGCAAGGGUUGCCACUGCUUUAGACAAACUAGCUUACAUGGAAGAAUUGGUGAAUGAUAGGCUGUUACUGGACAGAACUACCAAGGAGUCGGAGCAAACUUCCCCUUCUUCCAGUUCUUCCUCAACACAAUCUCUGGAUACGGUUAAGAGAAGGAUAUCGCGGAAAAGCUUGAAUGUGUCGGGUCCCGUUCAACCUUAUCAUCCUCGCUUGAAGAACUUCUGGUACCCCGUUGCCUUUUCCACAGGCCUCACCGAUGAUACCAUGAUUCCCAUUGAUUGCUUUGAGGAACCAUGGGUAAUCUUUCGCGGAAAAGACGGGAAACCUGGAUGCGUACAGAACACUUGCGCACAUAGGGCAUGCCCUCUUCAUCUUGGUUCUGUAAAUGAGGGUCGUAUCCAAUGUCCCUACCAUGGGUGGGAGUACUCAACAGAUGGCAAGUGCGAGAAGAUGCCGUCCACGCAACUACUAAAUGUUAAAAUAAAGUCUUUGCCAUGUUUUGAGAAAGAAGGGAUGAUCUGGGUUUGGCCUGGCAGUGACCCUCCAUCUCCUACUCUUCCUUCCUUACAACCUCCUAAAGGAUUUCAAAUCCACGCAGAGAUAGUCAUGGAACUUCCAGUUGAACAUGGACUACUUUUGGAUAACCUUUUGGAUCUUGCACAUGCUCCUUUCACCCACACAUCCACCUUUGCCAAGGGAUGGACAGUCCCCAGCUUGGUGAAAUUCUUGACGCCGGCUUCAGGCCUCCAAGGAUAUUGGGACCCGUAUCCAAUAGACAUGGAGUUUAGACCACCUUGUAUGGUCCUGUCAACAAUUGGGAUCUCAAAGCCUGGUAAGCUGGAAGGACAGAACACCAAGCAGUGUGCUACACAUCUUCACCAACUUCACGUGUGCCUACCUUCAUCAAGACAGAAAACAAGGUUAUUAUACAGAAUGUCAUUAGAUUUUGCUCCGUUGCUGAAACACGUCCCAUUCGUGGACCGCCUAUGGAGGCAUUUUGCAGAACAGGUUUUGAAUGAGGAUCUGAGGCUUGUAGUAGGCCAACAAGAGCGGAUGAUAAACGGCGCAAAUGUAUGGAAUUGGCCAGUGUCGUAUGACAAGCUAGGAGUUAGAUACAGACUAUGGAGAGAUGCAGUUGAAAGUGGAGCUAAACAAUUGCCUUUCAGCAAACCCAUGUAAAUUCAAGUUCCAGUGAUGCAUUAACUUUCUGUCUUGCUCCUCAGAACCAAUCUGCAUAAAUGGCUGAAAGGCACUUCCCUAAAGCCUGCAAAUAAGAUGAUCAAUCAUCAACUGAUAUCUGACGAAUUCGAGCAGUUUGGCUCUAUAAGAAAGGAUCACAGUUUGACUCGGCGGAACUGUUAAUUGAUCUGAGGCACAGAAUCAUAUUGUCUCUAUAUAGAAAAAAUCCCCUGUAAGAAUUAAAGAAAACUGUACACUAGUUAUUUGUUCCCGUGUACAGUGUCAAUUCCAUUUUCUUACUCUUCUUCACAUUCGCACAUCACAAUGAAGAUCUUCUCACAGUUCUACAGACUUGGCGUUUGACCCCUUUUACCAUGUAACAUGAAAAUGUUUGCUCUGUAUUAUAGUUUCAA